UGUUAAUGGUCUUCUGUCUCUUUAAGAAGAUUUCUGCACUGUGGUGUCUGUUCAAAUGAGGAAAAUGAUGAGGAUCAGGGGUUGGCUGAUUGGGCGUGGAAGAAGCAGCCUUAUUGUGGCUCUCCUGUGGGCAGCAUUCGGAAUAAAAGCUGCAGGAUGUGACAUGCUUGAAAUCAUUUACCCAUCAGCCAGCCUUAUCCUUAAAGAAGGAGAUCCCCUCACCUUGAAUUGCACAGUGUGGCAUGAACAGAAACGGUCUUCAGAUCUGAAGGUAUACUGGUGUAAACGGGUGGAAAAUCAGAGCAGCUGUGCUAGAGUUGGCAAAGAGCUGGAACGCUUGCUAUCAACAGAGAGCUUAAAUCCCCAAGCAAGGGUCAGCUUGUCUCUGCUUCUGCAGAUUCAUAAUAUCAGCCAUUCAGACAGCGGUAGUUACCAGUGCAAAGCCAGUGCAAAUAACCAGACUGCUGUCGGUCACUAUAUCCGAGUGAAAAUAACAGAUUCUGAUUCCAGCUCCCCAGACCUGCCGUCAUCAGUUGGCAACACUUCUUUUCACUUACACAAAGAAAGGAUUUGCCUUGCAACCACACUAUUAUUUUACGCUUGCUUUUGCUUUUGCUCUCCCCAUCCCCUAGCCCCCCACCUGUACACAUCAUGAGUGAGCUGUGGGCCACAGUUGCUAAACGCGGUGACCAAACCUGAACUCCAUCACACUGGAGUCACCUCACCAGUUCUUAUGUAUCAUCUUCACAAUUCAGUGCAGCAUCGUAACACCCCAGCGUAGUGUUAAGUUGGAGCCUGCCAGAGUCCCAUCUGUGCUACUCUGACUGGGAGGAGCAGGUUCAUGUUCUUUCCAAGCUAUUCACCCAGCCUAAUUGUUAACAAUGCAUCAAAAUUAUAUUCUCAUUCACCGUGUUUCCCCUUCAUGCUGCCUGGAGCUUUCUCUAAAAUGUUUCAACUCACCUUUCAUUUUUUAUUUUAGCUGCCUUCUCUGUGGCUUAAGAAAGCCACUGUGGUUUGAGUUUACAGUGAGACAGUUCCGCCAAGUGUUUUUACUUACCUGCACUUUGUUCAUGCUUGUAGCAGAAGAAUUAAACCUUGUGAGUUCUUUGAACACCACAGGGAGUCCAGAGGCUAUCUCCCAAGGCAGCAAAGCUCCAAGGAUGGAUUUCUGGCUGGAAAAGACAUGGGCUCUGAUCAUGAUACUCUGGCUGACCCUUUCCUAAACGGGCACAUGUGAUGAAGAUACGGUUUCUGGUGCUUGGGAAGAUUCCUCUAAACGGCAGAGUAAAAGUUAACAGACUAAACUUCUAUAAAGUUGUAAUAGCAAAUUCAUUGUAUUGCACAGGACUGCACUUCAGCGUUUCAUGGAACACUGUUCCCGAAGAAGGAUUUUCAGUGGUUUAAUGUGUGAGCACCUGGACGCCAGCUCUGCAGGAUUAUUUAUUGUUUCCUACGCUACUGGUUAACCUCUCAACACCCCCUCGUCAGACAGCGGGACUCUCACACUCAUCAGCGAAAUUCUGUAGUCUCUGAUGUCAGUCUUGUGUGUUUUGUCUCUACUAUAACUGAGGAUGGAUUUCUCAGUGUAGAGCAUUUAAAGGGCAGGAAGGGAUUUCUUUCCAUGUCUUUUUUCUGGACCUAUCCAGAGAGAUCUUCUAGCACUCAUUGCCUCAACCUGCUACACUCCCUCUUUAAAGAAAGAUUCCACAGUGCUGCUCUUCUGUGGCCAUUCUGUCAUCUGCAUUGUCUUCUACCAUGUUCUGUUCUACCACCUACUCAAUCUGGGUUGCUUUAAGAUGCUGGAAGCUCUUAUUUAAUCCCAUGCAAUGGUGGGUAGAAUUCUGUAAACUGGGUUUUGCAGCUUUUAUAGCUAUAGGAUGGAUUCCAAUUGGAUUUGUAGUGUAGGUCAGUUUGGGGAAUUGGAAAGAGAGGCCCUCUAGGGAUUAGCUCCUAGAUAAUUGUUUGUUAGUUUAGGCCCAAAACUGUGUGUGUAUGUGUGUAGGGAGAGGGAACAAUAUAAGUCUUUUUAAAUUUCAGUUACAACUUCUUUGGGGAGCAAUUGAACAUCCCCCGUGUGUACAUGUGGGCUUCUCAGAGCACGGAUCACACCUCCUUCUCUGUUUGAAAAACUAGCACACUGUGAGUAUUACCGGAAAUAGCUAAAUAAUAACUGUAACCCUAAGCACAGCAGCAGUGGAAUAGUGCAUGAGAACUUGAAAAUGAAAAUGACUAAAGAUUUAAAGACUAAAGAUUAAAUAGAAUGUUCUACAAAAAGAGACCAUAAAUGUGCAAAUUAUUUUUAAAAAAUUCUUCAGUUUUAAUAAUUGUAGGAUUUUUAAAUGCAGUAUUUUAUCGUGACUGUGUGCUUUUAAAAACAGAUGGCUUUUUUGCAGACAUAAUUCUAUAAAUCUGCUUUUGGGGGAAUAGAGAGCUCCUUUUAGACACAAUGUUUGCUACCAAAUCUAUGUGGGAAACCGUGGUGUUUAUAUCUGUUGGCACACUCGUGAGCAUGAUGCCUCUUGGUAUCUUUGUUUCAAAGUCCAUGAGUAGCUGCCCUGAUGUGGGUGUUUGAUAAGCAUUUCUGACCUAUGCCAUGUUGUAAUAGUUGUGUGUGCUGCAUGGAAUGUAAAGGCAGAGAAUUAUCCUAUAAAUGAAUAAAAUAUAUAAGUCAUAUGAUGUCUAUCUCCCUAUUUAUCAUUGAGAAUUAUCCUAGUUAUUUAUCAGCUCUGAAGGGCUGUGCUUCUUUUUAUGUAUACUCUGUGAUUCCUUUUGUCA